GCAGGCGCGGCCAUUUCUACUUCUUUCGGUGCGACUUUCUGGCGGUGUGGACCGCUACUCUUCUGACGUCCUCGGCCCUUCUUAGGGGAGGUGAGACCGCGGAAUCGCAGCUAUGACCGAGGCUGAUGUGAAUCCGAAGGCCUACCCUCUUGCAGAUGCCCACCUCACCAAAAAACUCUUGGACCUCGUUCAGCAGUCAUGUAACUACAAGCAGCUUCGGAAAGGAGCCAACGAGGCCACCAAAACCCUCAACAGAGGCAUCUCUGAGUUCAUUGUGAUGGCCGCCGAUGCAGAGCCCCUGGAGAUCAUCCUGCACCUCCCGCUGCUGUGUGAAGACAAGAACGUUCCCUACGUGUUCGUGCGCUCCAAGCAGGCGCUGGGGCGGGCCUGUGGGGUCUCCAGGCCUGUCAUCGCGUGUUCUGUCACCAUCAAAGAAGGCUCACAGCUGAAGCAGCAGAUCCAGUCCAUCCAGCAGUCCAUUGAAAGGCUCUUGGUCUAACCGGUGGCUUCUGCCACACUCUGCCACUGACUCCUCCCCCUGGGGUUGUGUAUUAUAUUGUCUGUGUUAACAUGUAGUAUCUUCCAGCUACCUGCCAUUGUUAUAAAAUAUUGUUCUAGUAAAUCUAGUUUUUACAUUUUUUGUAUUACUUUAUCCGUCUUAACAGGUUGUCAUUCCACCCCUGCCCUAAAUCUCCCACCUUCUGACAUCUUCUCUUUUGAUAAAUGAACUAAGCCCCCAAACAGGUGGGAACAGAGUAGUGACACCAUUGAGAGGCAGGGACGAGCCAGGAUGGAGAUCUGGUUACAGCUCUCAGGCACUAACUCCCUUCUGUGUGCGGGCAUGGUGAAGUAAACACCCGCUUGAUUUUCCCUCAUGCCUGACUACAGAAUCAUUCCAUGCGUGUUUAAAUGGUCUAGGGGUUUCCUCUGCUCUCCAGGGGAUCAUGUGUGUCAUUUGGGGAGGAAGCAUGUAUUCUGUGAGGUUUUUAGUUGGGUGCCCAAAUGGCAUCUGCUAAUGUGCCCCUACUGUUUGCUUUUGGUAAUAUGAUGUUAAGUCGGUCUACCCCCACCCCCAACUCCCAGCUGUGCCCCUGAGGGUGGCAGGACAACAGCAUACCAAAAAGGUGUGCUGCUGAAUUCCAGAGGUGGCCUGUGCUAGUGAGACAUGGGGCAGGUGACCCAGGUCUUAAAGGAGUCCCGAAUGACGUGAGAGAAUAGGGUCACCUGGUCCUGGGAUGAAGGAUUCCGGGCAAGUCUCGGAGACCUGGAAGCUACAACAGAUAAUGGAAUCCAAGGAAACGUCCUGUCUUUGGGGAAGAGAGAGUUCUUCGUGGACACGGUACCUGCUCCGAGAGCCCUCACCCGUCUCCUGCCAUAACGUGGAUCAGAUGUAUGUAUCUUUAUCACGUCAGAAGGACAGUGCUAAUGUGUCAUUCUUAUGAGAGUCCCAGUAAAGAAAUAUAUUCAUA